AUGUAUAGGCUUUUCUAUAUCUGUUUGGACAAGAUUGCUUGUGAAUACAAUGCUGAUAUUAAAACUGAAGAUUUAAAUAAUUAUCGGUUUUUAAAAUUGCAUAAUGAAAAUAUUUCGAGUGUUUACGAUAUGGCUAAAACUUUACCGAUGCCAAUCAAACAAAUAUUUGAUGAAGAAAAGGCAAUUUUGAUGGAUUGGAAGCCAAGCGUUAUUCCUUAUUUCUACGAUGUGCUCGACAAGAGAAGUUGUAUCACUGUUUCAGUUUUUCGAUAUUUUUACGAAAGUCGUUCAUUAAGCAAGGCAUAUCGUCGUUUACAAGUUAGCCGAAAAGACAGUUUGACAUCAUUCAAGCAACUUUUAAAUGCGGUUUACAUGGAAGAAAAUCCGAAUGAAAUGCGUGUGGUGAUAAAAGGAAAUGAAUUUUUACCUGUACCGUUACUGAUUCCAUGGGACGAUAAUACUUCUUUGAAAAAAUUGCUGAAACUUCUUGAAAUUCCCGAAAUAGACGAGAGAAUGGGAUUACCAUACAUAAUUUAUAUAGACAAUGAAUCCGAGGAUCGAAGAAGGAAUUUUGCCGAUUCGGCAAUGUUUGCUGAUCUCUGUCCUGGUUAUUUCUUAACGAUUCAGGUUGUAAUACCUAAUAUGGAGGACUACGAGUAUAUUGAAUUGCCCGAAAAGUAUUUUUGGAAUAAUGUGCAAGAAAAAUUCUUAAAGAACUUAAUUACCCUUAAAGACGUUGUUGGCGAAGAUACGGAGUUCGAUCCAUCAUGGGGAAAACCUGAAGAAUAUUGCUGUUUCGUAGUUACAAAGCUUUUUGAAACGAAAGGAGAAAUCAGAAUUAACCUCCGUGAAAAUUGCGAUCUCGGAAUAUUUAAAAGGCAUUUGGCAUGUUUACUUCGUGUUAACAUGAAUUCAUUACAAAUUCUAAAAUUUUAUGCAGGUGGCUUGUCGAAGGAGUUGAAAUGUGAAUCGAAGAUUCAAGCUUGCGAUAUGAUUGAUGACGAUGUUGAGAAGAUUUACGCAUUUUUGCGAAAAUUGCCGAUUGAAGGUCCAAUCGCAGUUUAUGAUUACACAAAUAGCCUGGCACCAAUUGAAUCAUACAAACUUUUAUUUUAUAUUCGAAUUAAAUCUUUUAAUAAAAUUGACGAAGUUAUAAAGAAAUGCUUGGAAAAAUUGGAAGUGAAAAUACCCGCUUCCCAGCUGAUCGUACGUGAGUUAUCUGAACGUGGAAUGAGAAGAUUAUUACCCUCUACGUGCAUUCUCCACAGGGACAAUCCGUGGCGUAGCCGUAUUUACAUUCAUGCUGGAUAUUCAUCGUUGUUCUGUUCAGCAAAUGCGCAAACGGAUAAUAAGCUUCCUUUGGUUGCUCGACAUGUGGACUCAAAAACUUACGCACUGCUAAGUUCGGAGGAGUUCUUUUUAGAAGAAUGCUGCCAAUUUCCACUGCUUUUACUUAGCUCAAACAUACGAAGCUUUUUCGGUCUUACCAAAUCGAAAAUUUAUUUCUCAAAUGUGGGUUUAUCUGUUAAGCUUUUUCAAUAA